AUGGCUCGGGAGGAUGGGAAACAUGACCUGCUAGAAAGAGCCAAGUCCGUCUACGCAGUGCGGGUGGCUGUUUGUGAAACUGGUGAAGGCAGAGCAGAAGUUCCAUUAGCGUGCAAACCCAUCCUCACCAUUCCCCAGCGGCUGAAUCAUGAAAUCGACGUGGUCAGCAGCAGAACCGUGGCUCCCUGUCUCGGAGCGUUGAUGGAGGAACACUAUUACUGGACAAGCUACAGCAACAACAAGCAAGACGCCAAUACUUUGUGUCAAGCGAGCACCCUUGAAUCUAUGAGGCUGGAGGCGCUUCAUUCCUACCAGAAGCUCGCAGAACUUCUCCCUGAGUUUCGGAUUGCGCUCAGAUCCACUCGGUCCCAGUGGAUGGACUUCCUAACACAGCAAAAAGAAGAGGUUCAGCAAGUGAACAUGCUUCACCGCCAAAACCGUGAUGAACUUCAAGCACAGCACAAAGUCGAGCUUGGUUCGUUUCGUGACUCCAUGAGAAUGGCCAAGGAUGGCCUACUUGACAUCUCUCAAAGCCUGCAUCAGGCAAUGGUGGGCACCGGCUCUGACAUUACACAAGCUCACGAGGCUCUCCGAGAUGUUCUGGCUGAUUUCGCAGGCUUGAAAAUCUUACUGCAGGAUACGGUCGCAGAAACGAGCGAAAACAACGCAGAAUUAGUGGCUGCUCAAACACGAGAUAUUGCCAACGUCCACGAUCUUGCUCUUUCAGCGGCCCGAGCCCUGGAGAAUGUACACGUAGAGGCAUUCGCGCAGGAUGUCCACGCACUCGUUCAUCAGAUAAAUACCAAUCUCGACCAGAUCGCGAGUGCCCAGUCCAUGCAGCUAGACACUACGCUGCAGCAUUUAGAGCUCAGUAAGGAACUGUCCUCGGCCCAGGAAGCAAAUCUGGCUCUAGGAGAACGUAUCAAGGACUCAUCUGCUUCUCUCGCAUCCGAACUCGACACUGCGAACGCUGCGGCUGGCCAGGUGUCCAACAAGCUCGACAGAGUCAACCAGGCGUUGGCCCAUAUCGAAGCAGCAACUGCUUCUCUCAGCUCCCUUUUCGGCAUCAUUGCCAUACCCUGUCAAAUUGUUGGACGCCUUCACCUUAAGCUGCUUGCACUGUUCGCGACACCGGCUUUAAUCCUGCUUUUCUGGAGGCCGAUGAAAUAUUCUUGCACCAUGAUGGCCACUUAUAGCUUCCUUGAGACCAUGAUAUCAUUAGUCCACGAACAUCGAGACAUAGUCUCGACAUUUCUGGGGCGCCUCGGCCACCAUUCUCGAGCUAUAACACAUUCUGGAUCAAUCGCCCUCCGUAACAACAUCCCGGUCGCCGUGGCCGCGAUCAUCAUCGUCUUCUGCUGCUACUGCCUGGUGUCUAAACGGACGCGACCGAAGCAGAAACCAAAACUGAAAUCAAUACAAUCUUUGACUUUCAAGUCUAUCCAGAGGCUUGAUGAGUUGACGACUUCAGAGCGGGGUCACGACAUAUACAGACUGCGAGAUGGUAGGCGACAAUGGCGGUCAGCGGACAAAUUUCCUCGCGCGGCCACCGUCUGCUAG